CUACAGAACGGUACUGUACUAAUAUCGAGCACCGGGUUGGAUGGUAAACAUGCUGACAAACACACUCUCGUAAAGUCGAAAGUAAUCAGUUUACAGACCCCGCCUUUAUCGAUGUCGUUUCCCGGCCGAUUCAAUUUUUGAAUUUGCUUUGGCCAUAACCUUAAUUGUUUCAUCUCUCCCAAAUAUCAUCUUCUUCAUCACUCCAUAUUCGAUAAUUUCUUAAACCCUAAGUUUCAGUGUUGAUAUCUGUCACUUCUCUCGAAAUUCUGUAAUAACUCCAGAAACUUUGGAGUUCAUCAAUGGCGAAUUCCGAUGUUACUUCCUCCAACGAGUCCCUGAAGAAAGAGAAUUCGGCGCUAACACAGUCUGCUAAACUUGCGGAACUAAGUGAAUCGAGGACAGAGUUGUUGAGUAGGAUUCAGGGCUUAAAGCAGGAUUUGCAAAAUUGGAGGUCCAAAUUAGAUAAUCAAGUUCAGAGCCAUCGGAAUGAGUUGGUAGAACUCAGGAAGUCUCUGAUUGUUGAAGUAGAUCAACUUCGAUCAGAAUUUCAAGAUCUUAGAACAACGCUGCAGCAACAGCAGGAGGAUGUGACUGCAAGUUUGAAAAUUUUGGGGCUGCAGGAUACAUCUAAGGAUGCUGGAAUUUUUGCACCCAAUCCCAUGGAUGCUGGAACCACUAUGGGUCAUGAAGUUAAUGAUGAAGGCAGUACUGCUGAAAUUAAUGAAUCUGGAAGUUCAAAGGACGAAAUCAUUGCAGAAGAGUCUACAGGAAAUGGAAGUGGUACUGAUCAUCUUUCCUCAUCAGGGAUUGGAGUGGACAUUGAGCAUUAAGUCAAUUAACUUUCGAGAAUUUGGAAAAAAUUUAAAUGAACUCUGAAGGUGAUAUUAGUAUUCUUCAUAGUAUGUGUUCUACGUUUUUCUGUCAUGGUGACACUUUGUUGCCAUGCUAUAUCAGUACUUAGUAGCGAUGCCAUAUCAUUACUCAAUAGCAUAUGAAAGUUAACAGAUCCCAUCCCAAGAUUUGUAGCCUUUGUGACUUCAUUGAGACUAGCUUGUAGCUUUAUGGUGUGACUCUUGGUAUUGUGGUAUCAUUUUUUUUUUUUUUGAAUGAAACCAAGGUAAAGUGCCAUAUAUUAAUUAGUCAAUUUGUGGUAUAAUCCUUUAAUACUACU